AUGGGGACUGUCCCGAUACAGGAACCGCCUGCAUAUGACACUCUCUACGCCAACAACCUCGAGUUAAAUUUAGCAUCAGCAACCACCUCGCGCUCAUCCCACUCAAAGCACAGCCACUGUUUGGAAAGUGUGAAUGAAACACACGUGCUGAAGCAGUCACCCACACGGACUGAGUACAGUGUGUGGGUUCAUGAGAGUUCUGUGACCGAGCAGCAUCCAGAUAUCAGGAUGUCAAAGCCAAUGGAGGUGGAGAAAAUGGGGGCCGAUUCGCCGCUGGACUGCACAGACUCAGAACGGAAUGGGCCUGAUUCGAACCAUCAGGCUCAGUCGAUGAAAGUGAACCCCUUCCCCAGCCUGUCCCCUGCCCUGAACAGCGCGAAGACAAAGAUGGAAGAGUGUGCAGACAUGUCCCCAGCUCUCCCUCCUUCCCACGGGCCGACCCCCUCCCAGACGGCCCUCCAGCAGCACACUCCACUCAUGCUGACAGGCUCCCAGUUCGCUGCAGGGCUCACAGCGCUGCUGCCGGCUCAGCAGCAGUUGUUGCUGCAGCAGGCUCAGGCUCAGCUCUUGGCUGCAGCCGUGCAACAGUCUCACGCCGCACACACUGCCGCUCAAGCCAAUCAGCAGGCGCAGGCUCAGGCCGUGGCCAAUCAGCAAGCUCAGCAGCAGCAGCAGCAGCAGGUGGGACAGGUGCAGAGCCAGGGGGUGGGGCCACAGGAGCAGACCCCCCAGAGUGUGACUGUGCCCCCUCAGCUCGCCUUGUCACAGCCCAUCCAGCUCACCGCACAGGACAUCCAGCAUCUGCUACAGCUCCAACAGUUGGUGUUGCUGCCUUCAAACCCACUCUCCUCUCCUCAGUUCCUCCUGCCACAGGCCCAGCAGGGACAGCAAGGUCUCUUGUCGACAUCAAAUCUUAUUUCGCUACCUCAGCAAAACCAGGGGAGCCUGCUGUCUGCGCAGAGCAGGAUGGGCCUCCAAGCACAGCGAGAUAAGAGCGCAGAGGUGAGUGUGGGCGGCAUGACCGGUGUGACGUCUGUGACCCCUCAUCCAGAAGAGCCCAGCGACCUGGAGGAACUAGAGCAGUUCGCUCGCACUUUCAAACAGAGACGCAUAAAACUGGGCUUCACACAGGGCGAUGUUGGUUUGGCCAUGGGGAAACUGUACGGUAAUGACUUCAGCCAGACCACUAUCUCCCGCUUUGAAGCCCUCAACCUGAGCUUUAAAAACAUGUGCAAACUCAAGCCACUGCUGGAGAAGUGGCUCAAUGAUGCAGAGACCAUGUCCAUCGACAGCACCCUCCCCAGCCCCAGCUCCCUCUCCUCUCACUCCAUGGGCUUCGAGGGCCUCCCGGGCCGGCGCAGGAAGAAGAGGACCAGCAUCGAGACAAACGUGCGCGUGGCCCUGGAGCGCUCCUUCAUGACCUCGCCCUCUGCUCUUGCCUCGUACCAGCAGAACCAGAAGCCCACGUCAGAGGAGAUCCUUCUGAUCGCAGAGCAGCUCAACAUGGAAAAGGAGGUGAUCCGGGUUUGGUUCUGUAACCGACGGCAGAAGGAGAAACGCAUCAACCCCAGCAGUGCCACGCCUCCUCUGCCCAGCCAGCCGCCCACUGGCCCCUCCGCACACAAGACCCCCUGCUACAGCCCACACCUGAUGUCCAGCCAGAUGUCCACCCAGCUGUCGCAGCCCGUGACCAGCCUCAGCAGCACUCCAGUGAGCAGCAUGUCCUCCAUGUGCUCCCUGACCUCCAGCCUCGCCUCCAGCCUCUCCUCGAGCCACCCCUCUCUGAUCUCCGCCUCCUCUCUCAGCUCCGCCCCCUCCCCAGUGACUCCUCCCCCUCCACCCCGCAGCACGGCCAGCCCCGCCACCCCCAGUCACAGUGCACUCAGCCUCAACACAGGCUUAUGGCGUAUGGGCAAAAAGAACGGUGACGUGUCUAACUACAUCACUGAUUUUGCUGCAAACUUGAGGAACACUGUGAUGGGAAUGAACACGGGGAUGAACCCCGCCCUCUUCGGUACCAAUCCCCUGGCCACUAUCCAAGCCCUAGCAGCCAGUGGUGGCCAGCUGCCCCUUUCCAGUCUUGAGAGCAGCAAACAGGUAAUGCUGGGGGCGUCGGGGGGGCAAAGUGGACACCUGCCCUCCUCCCUGUUCCUGAAGCACCCUGCCCUGCUCCACAUGGCCCAGUCCCACGGUGCCGGUCUGGUCAGCGCAGCCGUAGCCAAAGCCUCGCAGUCCUCCCCGUUCCAGUGUGCUGGCAGCAUAAGCCCCACCCUCUGCUCCCCGUCGCCCUGCUCUAGCCCCGCCUCUUCCUGCUCCUCCAUCGAAAUGGCACACAGCCCACCUUCACUGGGAGGAGCCAAGAUGGAGUGA